CCUGCAGGAUCCCUCCCAACGUGCGUGACAUAGUGUACUGUACAGGCGUGUCUCUGAUGGAUGAGGACGUGUGGGAGUUAUCUGGAUGAAGUUCCACUCCACCACAGCCAUCUCAGAGAAGAAGGUUCUCCUGGAGGCUCUCACCUGCAGCGACAAGGCUUCCUGCUCAACCGGCUGCUGAAUCUUUCUCUGAGCUCAGAUUUGGUACCAGAUCAAGAUGUCAUCGAUGUCAUCAUCCACGUGGGACGGAACCCGCAUGGAAGACACUUAGCCUGGAGGUACUUCAGGGAGAAGUGGGACAUCUUGAAUUCACGGUACGGGGAGGCCUUAUUCAUGAAUUCUAAGCUCAUCAGUGGGGUGACUGAAUUCCUAAACACAGACACAGAGCUGAAUGAGCUGAAGGAGUUUAUCCAGAUCAGUGGAGGUGGAGCGGGGCCAGCGUUGGCCCGGGCCGUGGAGAUCGUGGAGGCCAACGUGAGAUGGCACAGUCUCUACCAACGCCAGAUCUUCCAGUGGCUAAGGAAGUCUCCCAACGGUUAACACACAGCCAACAGGGUUCAGCCCAAGCAUGGUAUCUCUCUGAAUCUAUUACAGACCCAACAACAUCGGGCGGAGAAACUAAAAUAUGAGAAAAAAACUUGUUUCAACAUGAAUAUGUUAAUUUGAAUUGCAAAAUAAGACAUUUCCCCACCUCCCCUCCAAAAAACUUGAUGAGAAAGUCACUGGUAAACCGGAGAGAGAGGGAACAGUGAAGACGGACGAUGUGAUUGGCUCAUAUGACCUUAGUCUGACCGUCCGUCGAAGGUGGAUUUGAUUAGGUAUAAAUAUUGCAUGGUGGCAUUCAUCUCCAGUGACAGUUUUCUUUUUCCAACGCAUGGUUUUCACCCCUCCUCUGAUUGGUUUUCCACUCUGCUGACCCCUGUGACCUUUUCAAUGACCUUUGAACCUCCGGUCAACUCUUASUAGCCUAUGAGGAGAAAGACAAAACGAGCUACAAGAGGCACAGGAAGAGGACCUGGCGGCAAUAUGAUACAACUGUGACAAGCACAAGUAUUAUAAUUUUUUUGUUCAAUGAUGACAAUCAUUAUUUCGAUUGGGACAAAAGCAAAUAGGAAUUAUAACGUAAUUAAAUAAUAUGUGUACCUAAACGGUUUGGACCUUUAACCUUCUCUUCUGAGCCAUACUGAGGUGGACUUUGUGACGUCUGGAACAUGUAGACGGGGGACCUGGCGACUGAAGUGAUGUUCAUUGUUGUGCGUGAUGUGUUCCCUAAUAACUUCUCCUCCUUCCUCAUCCAAUAGGGUUACCCUAAAUGACACUAAGCCAGGGGGACUCUGCAGAACCCAGGAGGCAGGUUGGGAGCAGGAACAAGGUGACUCCCCAUAACCCCGAAGGAGUCACUAUUGAUUAUUGAUCGAUUAUCGUUAAAUAACAUCAUUUAUAUUUGCUSAUUGCACUGGAGUGUCCUUGGAUUAUACCGUCUUGGUGUUUGAGUGAAAAUAAAAAUAAAACUGUUGUGAGUUGCGGGUGAUAUUUUGUGUGCAAAUGGUCCACGUUGCUGAUGGGACUGAGAGCCAGUGGAUACAGCCUGUGUGAGGCCACGGUGUAGUAAUGAUGCCAUGUAGAAACUUACCUUGUUUUGCUCAAACGUCAUGCUUUGGUUUUCAUGUGCCGCUAAUUACUUUAAAAAAGUUUCACUCAGAAACCGUGUCUAAGCAAACGCAGAGGAAAUGUGCACCGAUAUUCCUGACAGAUAUUACUAGUUUUGCUGCUACCCUGCAAAGCCCAGUAAACUUAACAGGCCGAUGCUAACAGCUAGCUGGAUAUACUCUGUGGACUCGUUUCAUGAAGAAUAGAACAUAAUAAUGAGUUUUUACUGUUGACACUUGGCUGGUAGAGCAAAUCCCCGUUGGGUUUUACUGGGGAGUCCAUUGCUCAUAUUUUCUGUGUAAAAGUCAGUGCUAUUUAUAUCCUCUUCGGCUAAUCCUUGAUACUGUAGACCUCAAGAAGAAAACAGUUGCAGCCCUUCACCAUCUUUUCCUUUCUUGUUGUUGUUUUGAUGUAUUAAAAAAGCUUAUUUUUUUUUCUAAAUGAGGGACAAUAUUGUUCUGUGUUUUGAGCAGAGCAGCAAUGGGAUUUUAACGCUGACGAAUAAAUUAUUUUGUACAGUAAUG